AUGUAGUGACAAACAAUGAGACAUCACAUCUAUGCUUGUCUGCUGACUUCGUCAAAGUGGACCUUCAAAACACCGACAUACAUAAGGACGACAGCAGUGGAAGCGGACGGCUCAGCGAAGGAGCAAAUCAAAAUGGCGAGUCAAGAGGAGUCAGUGAGGGAGUUCGUCGCUGUUACCGGCGUAGAGGAGGAGAGGGCUCGCUUUUUCCUGGAGUCCGCCGGUUGGAACCUGCAGCUUGCACUUGGCAGUUUCUUUGAGGAUGGAAAUGAUGAUGACAUUAUCACACUUCCUCAACCUGAAGGCGGCUCCUCUGUGACUCGAUCUACUGGGCCCAGUAGUCAGCCAAGAGUGACCUCCUUCAGAGAUCUGAUGCCAGAGGCAGAGGAUGACAGUGAUGAGGAGGAAGGUCAGAGGUUUUUUGCGGGGGGAUCAGAGCGCAGCGGGCAACAGAUCGUUGGUCCUCCAAAGAAAAAGAGUUCGAACGAGGUGGUGGAGGAUCUGUUCAAAGGGGCCAGAGAACACGGGGCUGUGCCCUUGGAACGGAGUGGGAAAGGACCAGGAGAACCCAGCAAAGCAAAGGCUUUUGUUGGUGGAGGUUACAGACUUGGGGCAGCUCCUGAAGAGGAGUCGUCCUACGUAGCUGGAGAGAGGCAAGCCUCCAACAGGCAGCAAGAUGUACAUGUGGUGCUGAAGCUGUGGAAGACGGGUUUCAGUCUGGAUAACGGUGAACUUAGAACCUACAAUGAUCCUGGAAAUGCAAACUUUCUCGAGGCAAUCAGACGAGGGGAGAUCCCUCUUGAGCUGAGGCAGCGUGCACGUGGAGGCCAGGUCAACCUUGACAUGGAGGACCACAGAGAUGAGGACUUUGCUAAGCCCAAGUUGGCCUUUAAAGCCUUUGAAGGUGAAGGACAGAAGCUAGGAAGUGCCACUCCAGAGCUUGUUUCAGCGCCGCCCACCUCCCAGCAGGACCAGGCUGCCAAUGAGGCCCAAGCCAGUUCCUCUGUGGGCCUCGACUCCUCCCAACCUACAACUAACAUUCAGAUCCGACUGGCCGAUGGCGGCAAGCUGGUCCAGAAGUUCAACCACACCCACAGGGUUUCCGACCUGCGGCAGUUUGUGGUGUUGGCCCGGCCCGCAAUGGCUGCCAGAGAGUUUGUUCUGAUGACCACCUUCCCCAACAAGGAGCUGACAGAUGAGAGCCAGACGCUGCAAGACGCCAACCUCCUCAACGCUGUCAUCGUCCAGAGGUUAAACUGAGGAUGGGGACAACAAGAGCAAACCCCGUUCAUCUGCUUCCCUCGCCCGAAGUGACUGAAAAACCACAGCCCCUCUGAGGGAGGAGAACACACGGACUUAUAUGGACUUCUAGUUUCUGAUUUUUGUUUUUCUAUAAUUAAAUGUAAGACCUUGCUUCUCAUCCCCAUCCUCUUUUCCAUUAUUCUCCCCCUCCCAGUCAGACUUCAGAUGGGUGAAAUGUUGAUGAACCAGUGAAAAAGCCUGUAGAUGCUGGUUUGCUGUUUUGUUGAUACCUGAAAGUAUCAGUCCAGCUGAAGGAACAUCAUUCUCAUAACUAAGGUGUUCACUUUGGAAUCAAGAUAAAUAACCUACACUCUUACUAACCAUGAUCUGGCCAUUAAACAAAGCUUAUAUAUAGUCUGGUAGUGGAGUUUCAGCAGCACCAGAUUCCCUCCUUGUUUCUGUCUAAAAUGCAUAAAACCACAACUACAUAAAUAAAGAUUAGAUCAGUCUUGUUCUUUUCCCCACAUAUAAAUACAAUGAUUUAACAAAACAGUUUCUCCUCUUUAACUAACUGAUACCAGUAGCCUUACUCUCCUUUCUUCACCUCCAGCACCACACCGGUCCCUUUGUUAAAAAGCAGAAUUUAUUUUUUUUUAAAUGCCUUCGUUUCUUAUUUCUUUUCUCAAUUAAAGAUGCUUUGCCCCAUUUAACCAGCAGCAUUUUGAUGGAGUCUGGUAUAAACCCAGCUACACAGGUGGUUGAGCAAAUGAACAUAGAGAUUGUAAACACUGGUUUAAUUUAGUAGAAUCUGAAUUCCUGUAACAAUGACCUCUUCUAUGCAUCCUGGGGCAACACAGAAAUAUGUUUGGGCCUCCAGUGAAAUAAACCCAUUUUAUGGUUGAUGUAAGAAGAA